AUGGCAACUACUACAUUUACCCAUGCAGGUGUGGACUUUGUCCCCAACAACUAUGCAGCCAUUCUUGACACUACUGAAGCUCCAAGAGAUUAUCAUCCCUUCCAGCGCUUCUUGGCACAGAGUGCUCUAGCCACAGCCCUUACAGCUCCUGCCAGACUCUCUGGAAGCCAAAUUAUCAAUUUUUGGAGAACGGGUCGCUAUGAUAAUGGUGGUACAAAUGGAUCUCCAUCCAUUAUAUUCUCUUAUGAAGGGGAGGAGUAUGCUGUCACUCCAGCCACAGUCCGUCAAGCUCUUAACCUACCUGAACAUUCCAAUUACAUCACACAUGGCGAUGCAAAUCUAAGAGCCAUGAUGACUGACUUGGGCUACUAUGAUUCUCUGGACAAAUUAGUAAACACUGAAGCUGCUUCUCCUCCAAAGCAGAAAAGAAGGAGGCUUGUUGCAGCAUAUGAAUAUGAUGAUUUGGAACCUACUCCUGCAACAACCUCUGAACCUGUUCAAACUAGUCCUCAACAACAAAAGCCAGCCAGAUUCAAGAGAAGGGCUCAAAAGCCAGAGAGGGCAAAAGUCCCAAUCACUGAAAUAACAGACUUCACAGUUGAGGAAGAGCAAACACCAUCAACUCCAGUUGCUGAACAUUCUCAAGCUCUGAUGGAGCAAGCUACAGCUGAAGCUGAAACAACAGUUUCUGAUCCCAAAUCUCCUAUAUCUGAUCAUGGAACCCCAACUCCAAUUCCUCAAUCACCAAUGAAAAUUCCUGAGGGGGCCAUUUCUCUUGCUAAGGCUGGUGAAGAGCCUAGCAAAUCACAGUCUAAAGCUCAAGAAAAAUCUGCUCAAGACACUGUUGAGAAAAUUGCUGAUCCUGCAUCUGAUAAUGAUGAGGAUGAUGAAAGUUCAGAUGAUGACAAUGAUGACAAUGAUAAUGAAACAUCUAAAUCAAUAGAUGGUCUCAGAACAGAAGUAGCUAAUAUCAAAGAGACAAAUGACAUGGAGAAGAAAAGGACUCUUCUACCUCUGAAAGAUAAUGUUCAGAAACUGGUAUCUGCAAAUGAAUCUCUGGACAAGAGGAUGACAAUGAUUGAAUCAACUCAAGAAAGGAUGUCCAAGCAACUUGAAGCCAUCCAAUCUUCACUUUCUCUGAUCACAUCAAUACUGAUUCCUGAUGAGGAUGAUCCUCCCGACCGUCAAAUUGAGUUUUCUAUUGACUUAGCACCCGGCACGGAACCAGUUUCAAAGCAACCGUAUCGAAUGGCGCCGGCAGAAAUGAAGGAGUUGGCCAAGCAAUUGCAAGAGUUGUUAGACAAAGGAAUUAAACCGGAAGACAUUCCAAAGACCGAUUUCAGAACUCGAUAUGGGCAUUACGAGUUUCUAGUUAUGGCAUUUGGAUUGACAAACGCACCAGCCGCCUUCAUGGAUUUGAUGAACCGUGUAUUCAAGAAGUAUUUAGACAAGUUCGUCAUUGUAUUCAUCGACGAUAUUCUCAUAUACUCGAAAUCUGAAGAGGAACAUGCUGAACAUCUGAGGAUAGCUUUGGAAACAUUAAGAAAGGAGAAGUUGUAUGCAAAGUUCUCAAAAUGUGUAUUUUGGCUACGAGAAGUGCAGUUUUUAGGACAUAUUGUUGGAAGUGAAGGUAUUCGAGUGGAUCCAGCAAAGAUAGAAGCUGUGAUGAAUUGGGAAAGGCCGAAGACCCCAACUGAAGUUAGAAGUUUCAUGGGAUUGGCCGGAUAUUAUCGAAGGUUUGUGAAGGAUUUUUCGAAGAUUGCAGUACCGUUGACAAGAUUGACUCGGAAGAAUGAGAAGUUUGAAUGGACCGAUAAAUGUGAAAAGAGCUUUCAAGAGUUGAAACAGAAGUUAGUCACCGCUCCAGUUCUAGCUUUGCCAGAUGAUCAAGGAGAUUUUGUUAUCUACAGUGAUGCGUCAUACAAAGGAUUAGGUUGUGUCUUAAUGCAACACGGGAAAGUGAUAGCCUACGCGUCAAGACAACUCAAGCCACACGAACAAAGAUAUCCGACUCAUGACUUGGAAUUGGCAGCAAUUGUGUUUGCUUUAAAGCUUUGGAGACACUAUCUUUAUGGCGAGAAGUGUGAAAUAUUCACGGAUCACAAAAGCUUGAAGUACAUUUUCAUGCAAAAAGAGUUGAACAUGAGGCAGCGAAGAUGGUUGGAAUUGAUUAAAGACUACGACUGCACGAUUAACUAUCAUCCCGGAAAGGCGAACGUAGUAGCAGAUGCGUUAAAACAUUUGGGAACCCGACUCAAGAUGAGUACUGCCUAUCAUCCACAAACGGACGGACAAAGCGAGCGU